UUAAGGAAACUGAGGUUUUCUAUAAAGAGCAGUUGUGUUGCAGUUUCGUUUAGUUCCAGGCAGAAUGCGGGCUGGGAAACUCUACCUUGUGAUGUUGCUGACCACAGUGGCCUGCUUUGGAGACGAUACAGAGCUGCCCCAGGCUACACUCACCCUGGAGCCUCCACUCCCAGAGAUAUUCACCGGGGAGGCAGUCACUCUGAGGUGUGGGGUUCAGGGGGGUUCUGCUGGCUGGAAAUAUCUCUGGUUCAAAGACAGUGAGGACACUCCAGUGCUCCAGACUGCGGGCUGCAGUAUAACUGAUCACAGCUACACCAUCACUGCAGCUGCUGUAUCUGACCAGGGCCAGUACUGGUGUCGAGGACACAGAGCAGAUGAGCCACUCUCCUCACAGCUCAGUGAUAAAGUGAUAUUAAACAUAACUGAACGACCCCAGGCUGUGCUGACCCAGGAGCCUGCAUGGACACAGCUAUACGAAUCAGAGAGUGUUACACUGAGAUGUCAGGUUCCGGGGCAUUACAGUGGCUGGACAUUUACAUGGUACAAAGAUGGGAUAAACCAGGAUUCCUACAACAGAAUAGAUGGUGAUAGAUACACAAUUAGCUCUAUUACUCAAUACCACAGUGGGAAAUAUACCUGUAAAGGUGAAAGGAGAGAUAACAUAUCGUACUCUAAAACAAGCGAUGCUCUCACACUGACAGUAUCAGCUGACAAGCCAAAGUCUGCACUGACCCGGGAGCCUGCAAGAGAGAUAUUCGAAGGAGACACAGUGACCCUGAGCUGUAGGGUUGAGGGGGGCUCUGAUGGCUGGAGAUAUCUCUGGUAUAAAGACAGUCAGUCCAGUACUCCAGUGUACCAGACUGACAGCAGCAGUGGAACUGGAGCCGGAUACACAAUCAGUGCUGCUGCUGUGUCUCACAGUGGAGAGUACUGGUGUCGAGCUGAAAGGGGGAGCAAACCGUUUUACUCACAAUACAGCAAUGCUGUCAGGAUACAAGUAUCACAGCUGUUCAGCACACCCACUCUGACAGUGAAACCUGGUGCCUCAGUGUGGGAGGGAGAGGAUGUGUCUCUGCAGUGUGGGGCUCAGAUAUAUAAACAGGGCACACAGCUGCAGUACCGCUAUAGCAAAGACAAUGAGGAUCUGAGAGGAGCUGGAUCACAGUACUCAAUCCCAGCGGCAGGGCUGAGAGACACAGGGAGAUACCAGUGUGAGGUGGAGGCAGCAGGGACGGGGGUGAAGAAAAGGAGUGAUUCUGUGGCACUGACUGUGAAAGAACGACCCCAGGCUGUGCUGACCCAGGAGCCUGCAUGGACACAGCUAUACGAAUCAGAGAGUGUUACACUGAGAUGUCAGGUUCAGGGGCAUUACACUGACUGGAGAAUCACAUGGUACAAAGAUGGGAGGAAAGUUCCAGUAUACGAGGAUUAUUACAGAAGAAUAGAUGGUGAUAGAUACACAAUUAGCUAUGUUACUAGAUACCACAGUGGGAAAUAUACCUGUAAAGGUGAAAAGAGAGAUAACAUAUCGUACUCUAAAACAAGCGAUGCUCUCACACUGACAGUAUCAGCUGACAAGCCAAAGCCUGCACUGACCCGGGAGCCUGCAGGAGAGAUAUUCGAAGGAGACACAGUGACCCUGAGCUGUAGGGUUCUGGGGGGCUCUGAUGGCUGGAGAUAUCUCUGGUAUAAAGACAGUCAGUACAGUACUCCAGUGUACCAGACUGACAGCAGCAGUGGAACUGGAGCCGGAUACACAAUCAGUGCUGCUGCUGUGUCUCACAGUGGAGAGUACUGGUGUCGAGCUAAAAGGGGGAGCAAACCGUUUUACUCACAAUACAGCAAUGCUGUCAGGAUACAAGUAUCACAGCUGUUCUCCAGGGUGACUCUGUCAGCCUCUCCGAGAGCCACAGUGAAGGAGGGAGAGGCUCUUAACCUGACCUGUGAGGCAACAAUGAACAAACCCCCCCGCACUCAAAUCCACUACACCAUUCUGAGAGACGGGGAGCCUGUGAUUAACAGCACUGGCCCUGCACUGUACAGCAUAGCCAGCACUGAGAUGAGCCACGCUGGGAGCUACACGUGUGCUGUGGAGUCACAGGGAGUGAGGAAGAGCAGCCAGGAGUUACACAUUGAAGUGCAAAAGUCCUGGUCGUGGAUCACUGUUCCUCUCAGUGUCUCGCUGGCUUCGAUCAUUUUUAUUCUGGUCACAAUAUUGCUGUGCUACCAAUACAAGACAAAAGGUUUUCUUUUCACUGCUGCCAAAUUGAGGCGCCCUGCUGAUCAGACUCCUGCACAGCCCUUGAGAGGAAUGGAGCUCUCCAGACUUGGACAACAGCCUGGUAACUGCACCACAUCCAAAACAGAGACCGUAUACGCAGAAGUAAUGCCGUGUCAACAGAACCAAGCUGUGCAUGUCACUGACACCCCCUCAGCAUCCAAUGGUGACGAAAUCCUUUACUCUACGAUUGACUUAAAGAAUACAAAGCCAGCUAAACCCAGAUCAAAACGCGACUGUGAUGCCCUGUACUCUGCUGUCCUUGUCAAGAAGCGAGAAGAUAACCCCAGUGCUGCAGACAACAGUGAUACCCUUUAUUCAGAGCUCGACAUGAAGAAUGUGAAGAAGAAGGGCAAACCCGCAGCAGGUAAUGCAGAGUCAUGUAUGCCACAGUCCUCCCAAAGAAGAAAAAGAAAUAAAGGACGAGGGUCCCCGGGGAUGAGAGCCAGCCUGAAUCCGGAGACACUGAGAAGGAGUGCAUGUCAGAGAUCACAGUCCCUCCUGAAGUUAGAGACUGGGAUUCAGGCCUGCUCCUAGCUACUGAACUGGUUGAUUGAUUUAGGACAACGUUCCUGGGCCAGUCUACAGAUAAGAAAAACAUUGGACUUUUACAGUGCAAACACAUUAUAUUUGAUAACAACGACACAUACAAAUUAUGUAUCUAUUAAAAACACAUCAUUUGGAAAAAUUGAUUAAAGCUUGAAAUAUAAUUAAUAUACUAUAUAAAUGCAUAUAAUAGAAUACAGUAUAUACAGUACCCCCCUUUAUAAUGCUGUCGUUGGGAGCCAUACUGUAGGUAUGAGAGUGCAGUUUGUGUUCCACCUGAUAGCCAGAUCACAGGUCUUACUGUAAUGGGAAAUAGGAGCCACAAUCAUACCACUUUAUAACUCGUUCCGUGGUGUACCACAGAAUAACUAGAACGACCAUCUCACAGUGAGACAGGAUUAUUUCAAAUGAAGUCAUGAUAAUGAUGUCAAAGAUAAUCACAGCAACCCAAUAUAGAUAGAUUUUCAAACAGGGGGACGUUUUGUUCUGCGUCUGCUCAACGGCCCUGCUGACCUUGUGCUCCAGUGUAAAAACAAGAUAUGCAAACUGCUCGAGUACCUUGGAGCUCUUAAUAUAACCAGCGACUUUUUUUUAUUUCUUUGUAUUUGUUGCUUUUAAAUAUUUUUUGG